CGCAGCAGUUUGUAAUUCUCUUAUCUACCCAACUUGCUGUUUCAUUUUGACAUAGGAAAGUUUCAGUCGGUGACUUUUCUAUCAGUCUUCGUAUUUGGACAUUUGGAACCAGGAAAGUUUGAUUAUCUUAUUUCUUCAAAUCUGCCUCCAGUUUUACACAACAAAGUAUAAACUGUCACAACCAUGUUACGUCUUGUGAUUUUUGUGUCAUUAUUUGGAAUAUUCUCGGUUGCCGCGUCAAGUGUUUACGAACGUGGAUUACAAGUAGAAGCUGGUUAUUUCUCUCUCAAUUGUUCCAUUGAUACAAUGCCUGCCUGCAAACCCAUCACUGAUGACUGCUCCAGGAUAGGUUGCUUCAAGACAGGCCUCAUCAAGAGGAAGAAAGGAUGCUGCCAGUUGGUCUGUAUCUGUAAACCUGAGGUCCCCAAGUGCCCAGCAUCCAGUCAUUUCUGUGAGGAAUGUGCUAGUAACUGUCACAGGUAUGGCAAGGCCUGGUGGUUCGAGGAAAAGGCUUGCUGUGUCCAACCAUGCAACUGCCCACUCAACAAGUGCAAGAAUGAGUUGGCUGACGACUGGUGUGAUGAUUACGCUCGAGCAGGACAUUGCGAGUCCAACCCGACCUAUAUGAAGGUCUACUGCACCAAGUCAUGCAGGAGCUGCAACAUCUGGAAGGAAGGCAACUGUGAGAACAAGCUCAAUGACAACCUGCUGUGCAGACGCUACUUUUUGGCUGGAAACUGCAAAGUGAGUUCCUGGACAAGGGAAAACUGUGCGAGGGCGUGUAACUCAUGUGGUCAAGCUUAGACUGGCAACAUAUGCAGGUCACUCACGGACAGGUCUGUAAUCACUGUCACACUUCAAAGAUGAUCCUUCCAAAUCAUGGUUAUUGUCAUCUUAGAAUCAUUUCUUGAAUUAAAGCAAU